UUGCUCCGCAACAUUCAGAGUGUCUAUCUCACCUUCGUAUGAUCUCGAGAUUCGAUACAAUAUUUCGUCCCCAAUAUAGACACACGAGCAGGGGGCAGGGAACAGGAGACUUGGGGGGUGCACGUGAUAGGAGCUGCAACGGCUGUUGCCGGUCCCGGGAUUCUUAUGAUGGCGUUGGCGUUCUCGUGAAUAUUUUGCUGUGAGGGCUAGAAGUGAUAACAGACUUUCAACAACAAUCAUGUUCAGAGGCGCAUCUUCAAGAACGCUGACUCGGGCACUUCCAAAAAGAUCCUUUGUUCCAAGCGUGCUUCCUACAUUUCGUUCUAGAAACCUGGCAACAGUUGUUGAUCCUAUCCAAAAGGAUCCCGCAGAACUUGAUCAGAUAUCCACUCUUUCAAAUGGAGUUCGCGUUGCAACAGAAGCUUUACCUGGACCCUUCUCCGGCGUAGGCGUCUUCAUCGAUGCUGGAUCCCGAUACGAGAAUGAAUAUUUAAGGGGUGUAAGCCAUAUCAUGGACAGGCUUGCGUUCAAGUCCACUAAACACCGUACGAGCGACGAGAUGCUAGAGACUUUGGAAUCUUUGGGUGGAAACAUCAACUGUGCCUCCUCAAGGGAGUCGCUGAUGUAUCAAUCGGCUACUUUCAACUCAGCAGUACCUACGACUCUUGCGGUGUUGGCAGAAACAAUUCGUGAUCCUUUAAUAAUCGAAGAAGAAGUACAACAGCAAUUGGAGACCGCUGCCUAUGAAAUAGGGGAGAUUUGGUCGAAGCCGGAGUUGAUUCUGCCCGAAUUGGUACAUAUGGCUGCUUUCAAGGACAAUACCCUCGGAAAUCCAUUAUUAUGUCCCAAGGAAAGACUUUCUCAGAUAGAUAAGAGUGUCAUUGAGGCAUACAGGGCGACAUUCAUUCGCCCAGAGAGGAUAGUGGUUGCAUUUGCAGGCGUACAGCAUGAUGAAGCUGUGAGACUCGCAAAGGAGCACUUUGGAGACAUGCCGAAAGCAGAGGUAUCGGAACUGUUGGAAACUGGAUCAGAGACAUCCACCGAGUCAAUCAGCGAAAGAAGCCAUAGCUCGACCUCGUCGAUAUCUUCAUUACCUCCUUCACCAUCACAACAACCUUCUAAACUGCUCUCACGAAUACCCUUUCUCAAAAACCUCUCCACUUCAGCAUCAAAUAAUGCAUCUGUGCAGUCUACCACCGACUUUUCCCCGUCCUCGUUCGAUAUCACAACACCGUCUCACUACACCGGUGGCUUCCUUUCGCUGCCCUCCUUACCUCCUCCGGUCAAUCCUGCUCUCCCUCCGCUUACGCACAUUCACUUGGCUUUCGAAGCACUUCCUAUAUCAUCCGAGGAUAUCUAUGCAUUAGCUACCUUACAGACUCUUCUUGGUGGAGGUGGAUCUUUCUCGGCUGGAGGUCCUGGUAAAGGCAUGUACUCUCGUUUAUAUACGAACGUCCUGAACCAGUUUGGCUGGGUCGAGUCAUGUAUGGCGUUCAACCACUCAUACACCGACUCGGGGCUUUUCGGCAUAUCAUCUAGCUGUUCGCCAGGUAAUGUCCUCAACAUGUUGGACGUCAUGUGUCGGGAACUACAAGCUCUGACCUUGGAUACUGGAUAUUCUGCUCUGCAACCUGUCGAGGUGAACAGAGCUAAGAAUCAGCUAAGAUCAAGCUUGUUGAUGAACCUCGAGAGUAGAAUGGUAGAGCUCGAAGAUCUAGGAAGACAAGUCCAAGUUCAUGGCAGGAAAGUUGGAGUGAGAGAAAUGUGCAAGAAGAUUGAUGACUUGACGAUACGAGAUCUUCGAAGAGUGGCAAAGAUUGUCGUUGGUGGUAUGGUCAAUAACCCAGGAAAGGGAAGUGGUGCCCCAACUGUGGUGCUGCAAGAAGGCGAAGAGGAGGGAGUUACCCGACAACCCUUUAAGUGGGAGGCAAUUCAGGAUCGUAUUGAGAGAUGGAAGUUAGGCAGAAGAUGAGCUGGGGAGUAUCGGAAACAUGUAUUGCAGUGUACAUGGCGUGUAUGAGUAUUGUACAGACCGGAAAGGUAGAUCAUGUACAAGUAUAAUGACAUAAACGAAACAGGGUCACGACCCUUUCCCACUUUAUGAUAGUCC